AUGGCCUCAUUCGACAGAUCUCAGAAUGAGAAAGCCGACAUCGCCCAGGACGAGUUCGGGGUCGGCACUGUUUCCGACAGUCCUCCGCACAGCCGCCACCCAAGGGCAAAAGACGAGAUUGACCGCAUCGACGCCCUGGCCACGGCCGAGGGGACGACGCUCGACUCGUUCAGGCACCUGGACGAGAAGGCGAUCCUGCGCAAGAUGGACCUGCGCCUGAUCCCCAUGCUGUCGCUGCUGUACCUCCUGUCCUUCCUCGACCGCGGCAACAUCGGCAACGCGAAGAUCGAGGGCCUGCAGGAGGACCUCGGCAUGCGCAGCUACGAGUACAACUGGUGCCUGACGGCCUUCUUCUUCACCUACGCCGCCUUCGAGGUGCCCAGCAACCUCCUGCUGAAGAAGCUCCGCCCCAGCAGGUGGCUGCCUAUCAUCAUGGUCGCCUGGGGCACGGUCAUGACGCUGAUGGGCAUCGUGCGGAACUAUCAGGGUCUUUUGGCUGCGCGCUUGUUCCUGGGUGUCACUGAGGCCGGUUUGUAUCCCGGUGUAGCAUAUUACCUCACCAUGUGGUACUGCAGACAUGAGAUCCAGUUCCGGCAGGCUCUGUUUUUCUCCGCCGCCUCGGUUGCUGGUGCGUUCAGCGGCCUCCUGGCGUUUGGUAUUUCUAAAAUGGAUGGCGUUGGAAACCUAGAAGGGUGGCGAUGGAUUUUUAUCUUGGAAGGAAUUGCAACCGUAGUCGCCGCUUGCGCGGCGUUCUUCCUUCUGCACGACUUCCCAGAGACAGCCAAAUUCCUGACCGAGGAGGAGCGGGCGUUUGUGGUCUUCCGCCUGAAAUACCAGGGCCAGUCUGCCAAGCUGGGCAGCGCCGGGGCGAGGGCGACCCAGGUCGCCCAGGCUGAUGAGUUCCAGUGGAAGUAUGUCAGACAGGCAUUCCUAGACUGGCAGAUCUGGGUGAAUAUAUUCGUAUAUUGGGGCAUUGUCUGUCCACUGUACGGAACGAGUCUGUUCUUACCAACGAUUAUCAAGAAUCUGGGCUAUACUUCGAGCACCGCACAGCUCAUGACCGUUCCCAUUUACGUUACUGCCGCGAUAUUAGCUGUCAUCUUUGCCUACCUGUCUGACCGCGUGGGCAAGAGGACCCCGUUUAUAGUACCCUUCCUCUGUGUGAUGAUCGUAGGGUUUGCCAUGUGUAUCUCCACAGACCCAACAAAGCACCCCCGCGUGGUCUACGGUGGAGUCUUCAUCAUCGUGUGUUCCAUCUACCCAAGCUUCCCAGGGAACAUCGCAUGGCUGUCCAAUAACCUCGCCGGGGGCUACAAGCGCAGCGCAGGGAUGGCGAUCCAGAUCGGCGUGGGUAACCUAGGCGGCGCGAUGGCGUCAAACUUCUACCGCCAGCCGGACUCCCCACGCUACAUCCUCGGCCACGGGCUGGAGCUGGGUUUUGUGUGCGUGGGGAUACUCGCCGCGGUAAUCCUUAACGUCAGCUACGCUGCUAUCAACAAGCAGCGCGAGAAGAAGCUCGCCGAGGGUGGCGAGGACGGAUUCGACAGCCGGGAGCUGUCGGAGCAGGGCGACAAGGCAUAUACGUUCAGGUAUAUGCAUUAAGAAAAAGAUCAGAGAGUGCACAUAUGAGGAGGGAAGGGCUUGACGUGGAGUUGAGGUUGGUUGCUUUGCGAGAACUAUGCGUCCAAGCCCGCCCCUUUUCAACAUUGCGUUCACUGGGUUUUAGGCUGUUCAAGACAGGUAGAAAUGGCUCCAAGGCCACGUCAUAAAAGACUUUUUAUGAGAAACAAUACUGACAGAGCAUCACUCAAGCCAGGUCACCCACAGUGGUGGUCAGAUUGGCAGGGAUGCCGAAGAGGGAGUGAAACUGCACAUCCACAAAGGCCACAAUCCUUUCUUCAUGAAUCUCGCAGGAAUUGCGCCUUCUCCGAGAUGAAAGACACCUUGCCAGUUACUUACCUCGGACUUACCGAAGACAAUCUGCAGAUGAAUUUGAAAGCCAUUCGUUGAUGCGAACUAUGGGAGCUCCGGUCAACUGUUUCGCGACUUAGAUAUCUGUUCUCGCUUACCUGAGAGAGCACUCACCUACAAUGCCGCCAUUCGACCAGCGGCCAGUUGCCAUCAUCGGGUAGUAACUUGUGCUUCGGCUUCACUGAGCACAAAACAUAUUUGCUUAGCCUAA